AUGGAAAGUGGCCAGCCUCUCUACGGCUAUGGUGUGUAUUUGGCAGAACGGUCCACAAAGGCAGACGAAUACGCAGAAGCGAUCCACGGCGGUCUGCCCUCGGACGAAGGCUGCUAUGCCAUGCUAGUUUGUCGAGUGGUUGGUGGGCUGUGCAGAGUGGUUGAUACGAAUGAGUUCAACGCAGAUGAUUUGCGAAAGGAUAUCUUGGACGGACCAUAUCACUCGGUUCUUGGCGAUCGCGUCGUGAAGUUGGGAAAGCCCUACAGGGAAGUGGUUGUCCACGACAACAAUCAGGUCUUUCCGGAGUUCAUCCUCUACUACAAAAGAUUGGGGCUGGACUGA